AUGAUGUUAGGUAAUUUACACGUAUUCCCGAAUGGUAGGAUUGAACGAGAAAGAAAACCAAAGUGUGCCAGAUGCAGAAAUCAUGGAUUGGUCAGUUGGCUUAAAGGACACAAAAGGCAUUGCAAGUACAAGGAGUGCGCUUGUGAGAAAUGCAAUCUGAUCGCCGAACGACAACGUGUGAUGGCUGCUCAAGUAGCUCUAAAACGCCGACAAGCCACAGAAGAUGCAAUUGCGCUUGGAUUACGUGUGGUAGCUGGCCAAGCUAUUGAUCGAUUACCUCAAGGACCCGUUUGGAACACUUCCGGUGGCGAAGAAGACGACAUGGAUUACCUCGACGAUGAGUUAGAAGUUCCGGAGAAGUCAUCUACCCCUGUCUCCGAGGAAUUGGUCGUUCCAACCAAAAAAGCAAGAAAGGAGCAGCCGUAUGAAUUGUCGAGCUUCUCACCCAUCGAACUACUUCACACUAUAUUCAACGAACAAGAAAGACAUGUCUUGGAACUUAUGCUCGACGCCUACAAUGGAAAUGUGCUCCAGGCAAUUGAGCACUUUGCCAACGUCCGUCGUGUUUGUAAAUUCAACCAAAUGAAGUUCUUCGCUGCCGCAGCUCCAGCUCAAUUUCCAAGCACACCGUCAACUCCAAAGCAAUCCUUUCUGAUCGACUCAUUGCUCAGUGAGCGUCCAUCUUACCCACCAUCUAGUCAAGCCUCGACCAGCGCCAAGAACUGUGACACCAGCAGCGUCGAUUCAAUCUCUCCAAAUUCCUCGACAUUCGAAUCUUCAUGA